AUAUCAUCAGAAAGUACCUCAUGAUCCCCCUCAGUUGGAAGAAAAGGCAACUUAUGACAUCAAAAAAGCCUGAAAAGGAUCUUCCUCCAGUGAAAGAAACCCCUGUUCAUCAAACGUCUAAGGAGCCAAAGAACGAAAAUGGAUGCUCUUUGCAGUAAUUCUUUUUUACUGAGAAAUUUUAUUAUAUAAUAAAUGUAUAAUCUAAUCUUUUUAUGUGAACAAUGUUUACAAAAUAUUUUGUAUCACUAUGCAAACUGAACCAAAGAAAAAAUAUUUUAUUGUCUGUGUGCACGUGCCACAGUGUGAGAUAUGUAAUUAAGAUUGUGUAAAUGUAAGAUGUAAUUUAUAAACUUUGAAAAUGUUCCUGCUUUAUUUUAGCAUAUUUUAGUUUUUGUAGUAAAUAAACAAAUCUAUAUUUCUCUCUAUUGAUAGUAUUCUUAUGUUUAUAGGAAUGUGUAUUCAAUGUAAGUUGACUUCACAGGUGCUGAUAUUUUUCAUGACAUUAACGAUGAUUGGGAAAAGUGCAAAAGAAUGUCUGUGCAAAUACUAGAAAUAGUGUUCUCCAGGAAUCAGAAUGUUCAUGUGUAAGCUGUUAAUUAUAAUCUGCUCUUAAUAAUUAUAUUUUAUUUCUCAAAAAAUUCAAAUUAUACAUGUGUUUUUAUUUCUUGGCGCUUGGGAACCUGUCUUCAUGAUAAAAUAUCUCGCGGCAUUUUGCAUCUUUCUUGGUUGUGCCGUUAGAUAACUUAUAUUCACCAGCUCUGCUUGAUACGGUCAUGAUCAUGCAACAUCUAGUGACACAACUGAGGAAGAUGUGAAAUGCUGUGCGAUAUUACAGCAUGAAAAUAUGCUUUCAUGCACCAAGAAAUAUAAUCACAAGUAUAAUAGUAACCGAUUUACCUGUAGUCUCUUGACUUCCUGAUUUACUGUAUUUGCCGGCGUAUUAGAUUCACUGGCUUCUAAGAUGCCUAUUUGGCUAUUUCCUCACAGUUUUGUUGGGAGAGGGGGGAAUUUAUACUUUCAGAACUACAUUUCAAAAGUCAAAUAAAAAGUAUAAUUCUAAAAAUGCAAAAUACUUGGUAUUUUAUAAAAAGUAUUUACUUGAACAGGAAUACAAAUGUUAUAAAAUAAGAGCAAUGAGAAAUCACUGUUCAAUAUGAAUAAUGAACAAGUUGUCUCUGUCUUACCUGUAAUACUAGCUGGUUCAAACAUGCUCAGCAAGUGGAUACGUCUUAUUCCAGCGAUAAAUAUCUAAUCAAACACUACUUUUCUUUUAACCUUUGUUGCAUCCCUUGGAAGUCAGAACAGCAUGGAGAAGAAAAAAACUGUCUUGUACUGUGACAAAUACAGUAUUUCAUGAAGUUGGUGUAGAGGAAUUUUAUUCUUUCUCAGUUUCUUUUAAUAAGGAAUUGAUUGAUAAAUUAGAGGUAUGUUUAACUCUAAUUUUGUAAUAAAUGUCUGCAACUCUUGUUUAGUGUCCAAAGUUGAAUUUUUCUGACUUGGUUGUUUUGAGAAAUCUUAAUUUUCUUUUAUACAUGUAUAUUGGUUGGAUGCAAUGUUGUGGAAACACAAUUCAAAAAAGGCUUUGAACGUAAAUAUUGAUUAUUACAUUCCUUUAAUAUAAUCAUCCCCCAUCGGAACAAUCAAACACUGUCAGCAAGUCCCUCUCUUUAAAGGUCCCACGGAUAUAUAAUUGUGAAUGGUGGUGUCUCUUGUAUCACAAAGCUGCCCACAAAGUGGUACAUCACAUGUAUACAGAUGAUGUCCCAGUAUCCUCCUCUGCUAGUUAUGCAGGAGUUCUGCCAAAUUGUUAGCUGCAUGGCACUAAUCAUUGAUGUGAAGAAUGAUGAGAAUUCAUGACAAAACGUGUCACUUUCAUUAAUUUCUGUGCCAGUGUGUAAUGAUGUCACUGUUGCACACCAGUAAGUUGAUGUGGUAUCCCAGUGCUGCAAUUUUUCAAAACCUAGGAUUGGUGUGUAGAUUGUGUAGUACUGUUUUGUGGCACACUUACUUCUGUGGCCAACUCAAACAUUUUGUUGGUGAUCCACUUGCAACAUGCGACCUGAUGAUCUUUGGAGUCAUCUUAAAUGGUGCAAGUCUUGUAAAGGCAUCUGUCUUCUUUAAACUCUGAUCCUCCAUGUUAGAUGCAGUAAUGCUGCAUCAUCACAUACUUCUCAGACGUUGAAAACAUUCUUAAGCACUCAGACCAGAUGCUACAAGUCUUGGCCAGGUUGUUAGUUUUUCCUAAACAUAUAGUUUGGGUACUUUCACUUACCUUGUCUGCUUAAUGGUACUGCUGCCUGGUUCUGACUAACAGUCAUUACCACUCACCACAUUUUCUCCUCACAUUCUUUUAACAGCUAUGAAAUAUUAAUGACACGGCAAAUGACCUCUCGGCAUGACAACAGUGUGUCUUCUACUUUGUAUGCAACCCUUGUAUAUUUAAAGGGAUGUUUAUUUUUUGUUUUUUCUUGACAUUAAACUUCAGGCUUUUCACUUCAUCUGUGCACUUUAACCCUUUAACUACUCUAAAUGAGUUAUUGCGCAAAAUAUUGUCAUGCCUUUGGUCAAGUUAUUAAGCAUAGUCAGAUUGUUCCUGGGAACCUCUAGGCAAGAUCGUAUGCAGAACCUUGUAUCCCAGGAGCCUCUGGAAAGUUCGCUCAUGGAGACGUGCUUUCGCUUAUAGCUAGGGCCUACUGAUAACCAAGAUGUCUUGUGCGAGUGAGCUCGGCUCAGUAAUAACAGUAAUAAAUUUGGACUUCAGGAGUUUAUUAAGAAGCAGAAUUUUUCAUCUUGCAUAUGCUUAGAAAUGAAUAAUUAUGAGCUGCAGAUAUAAUUGAAAUGAAGUAGUGGUAAAAACGUAUUUAAAAUUUCUUAAUGAUAAUUUAUUUGCACUAAAGUAUAGGCUGACUCUAAUUUUAAGGUUUCUAAGAUAAUAUUCUUUAUUCUUGUUUAGUAUUUUUAGCUGUGAUGUGACAGUUCUAAUACCACGUGAAAAAAUUAUUGCAUCAUACUAUUGUAUUUUGUGAUACUAAUGCCUUCUAUAUAUACAUGUAACAACAGUAUUGAUUGAUGUGUAUUAACAAUAAUGCAUUGUUUUGUGAUAAUUAUUAUGGACAGAAGAAUAGAAUAGUUCAAAGGUGUGUCUAUGUAGUGUAAUUCUAGAAAUUGUAUGUUGAUUUAUAUUACAAGUUAUUUCAUGAUAAACAAUGUGAUAUCAUUGUCAGGUGUCUUGCUGGGGAAAAUAUUAGACUUAUUUUUGAUUUAUUUUUCUACAAACAGAGUGUGUGAUCCACUGUAGGUAAUUAUCACUAUUUUUAUUUUACUUUUCCUUAAUUUCUUAGUUGCUUCGCAAUAUCUUGCAUGCCUUUUUUAGAACAAAAAGCAAAGUAGUUCUGAAAAAUUAAUUAAAAAUAUUGCUAAUAUAUACUUAUAAUAAUCAUAUCAGCAAUCUAGUGAUACAUAAGAAACGUAAUCCAACUUCAAAAUUAAUUUUGCGGGAAUGUUCAUAAAAUGAAUGGAAGAAUGUGAAACUGUUCUGUCUGUUAUGUUGCAGUAGAAAUUUAUCCAUGAGUUAUAUAUAUUGCGGUUUUAAUAAUAUUUUCAACCUUGGAAGAGGUUUUCAAGGAAUUUAAUUUUUGGAAUUGUUGAGUAGAUAUAGAAUUGAGCAUUUUUUUUUUUUUUUUAACCAUUUUAACCUUGUUUAUUUAUCUUUGAAAUCUAUUCCAUCCCAUCCAUUUAUUCUAAUAAAUCAGUCUUGUAUGUGUAAAACUGUUCAUGUUAUGUUUUGUCAAUUUAUAUCUAGUAUCAAUUUCUUGAUUUAUUAUUAAUGUACAUCCAUUUAAAGAAUUAACUCUCAUUUGUCUGUAAAGAAAUCCUUAAAAAGUUAUUUUCAAAUUUAAAUUACUGCCGAAAAUGAACUGGUCAGUUCAGAGAAGUCAUUAACCAAACUCCACAUUACAACAUGGAUACUGAUGCUACUGAUGAUGCAUCGUUGGGCUCCUAGACUUGUGUGGCCUCGGGCAAUCGCCUGACCUGCCCAUGGCAAUGCCCAGCCCCGGCACUGACCAUUCUCUUGGGACCAUGGGGUGACGGAGGGAUCAUAGUGAGCCGAUAAAGGUGGUUGGCUCUUGUUAAAGACCAGUUUCCCAGAAACCUCUGUCACAAAGACGCGAGUGUGUAUGGGAGGCCACAAGCCUGCAGGUAUGAGUGCCACGCUAAUGUUGAACAGUAUGAUCUUGAUACUAAGAAGCCUACGACUUCAGUGUAUUCGGUAUUUGGCAGAUUGUAAUGGGGAGUGAAAGCCCCUGCAGUAAAUGGUACAGCUUGCUUGUAUAUAUGUAAAUAAACUGUAUAUACCAAACACUUCUUGUCUUUAAAUUGCACAAACCACAACGUCACAUUCCA